AGUAGCUACUUCUUUUACAAAGUUAACUAAUACUUUUAGUUAGUUGUGACUAACUCACUGACUCUAGUCUCUAGACGGCUACGUAGUACGUGACUACUUGUAGUAGAGUAGUGUCCAGUAUUACUUUCGUCUCUAAACUAUUAUAGACAGAGAAUACUAAUACCGGUACCGUAGUAACUAGUAAUACUACUACUAGACUAAAGUCUAAACUCUAAAGUCAAGACUAACUAACUACUUCAGUAAUCAUCGAUGCAUCAGUUGUAAACUGAGGUACGAGUGGAGUGGAGUGGAGUGUUUCUUCUGGACUCCGUGCUGAGAUCUACACCGUGGCUGUCUGUUGUAACCGGGCAUCUCUCGAGCACCGGGUGCCCACCACCAUAGUCCAUACCACUGCCGCUCUUUGGGGAGAGUUUGUGUAUGACUUGCGCAAGGCUUGUCUGUGGUGGGUUAUCUGCGACUGAGGCAGUGAGGGGAGAGUUCUGCGGUGUUGCUGGACGUUGAACCGCCACAGGCUGGUAACCAGUCCACGGUGAAAAAUGGAUGGAGCUGCUCUUCGUCCGUCACUCCUGGCAUGGUUCAGUCUCAGCGUGGCACUCUGUUACCUAGUGCAAGAGGGCCAUGCACAGUUUCCAGGCCAGUGCGAGUCCACUCCCACUAAGUGCUCCUGUGUCUACACGGAUGUUGCUACCGGCAAGAAAAUGACAUACGACCUCGGUGACCUGAGCAAUGGAGACGGAACAUUUCGAUACACCGAGGUACGCGGCAAUGACCAGAAUCUUUACUGGUUCAAUCCUUGCGCAAGUGCUACCAUACCAUCAUCCGGUGGAUGCGAGGAUGUCAUUGCCUGCCAGCUAUGGAAUAAUAUAUUCAGCGGACUUGGCACCCUGCAAUCCAAUCGCUUCAUCAGUGAGGGAAACCGUGUUUUCAUCCAAUCACAAAACACAGACUCGAUUGCAUUCCGGAUCCUGAAAGUCUACCUCAAUUGCAACGAAGGCAUGGGAGAGACGAUAUUUUCUGCAGCAGGAGACCAGGAGAUCCAACAUACAUACGUCUUUGAAAUGACAGGACCCGGUGCUUGUCCCAAGUCGGCUGAUGGUGGAGGUGGAGGAGGAAAUAAUGGUAGCAGUGUCGGCCUCACGCCUGGAUGGUACAUGGUUAUCUUUGGCAUAUCUAUCCUUGUAGUGUACAUAGUGGCCGGGAUCAUGAUUCAACAUUUCAAGUUUGACAAGACCGGCAAAGAAAUAAUCCCAAACUACACGUUCUGGAUUGGCCUCCCAGGCUUGAUCAAGGAUGGAGCUAUGUUCGGAGUUCAGAAAGUAAAAGGUGUCGGAGGUGGUUCCUCGACAGAGUAUGAAAAGCUGUAAUGGGGUCUGCAGGCGAUGGACGACAGCUAUAGGCCAGUCCGGUGAUCAGGAUGACCAAGGCCCAAGGUUAUUACACAUGUGGUGAUGUGUGUGUGUGUGUGUGUGUGUGUGUGUGUGUGUGUGUGUGUGUGUGUGUGUGUGUGUGUGCGUGUGCAUGUGUGUUAACUGGCUGUCUCCAAUGGACAACUAUUCAGCAGCCGCCGUGACGCUUUGGUAGCUAUACGCUGUGAUAGAAUCUUACAAAAGCUGGACACUUUUUUAAAAGUUGAAUGAAAUAAGCAACACUGCAGUGUAUGGAAGGGAGUAGUUUAAUGAUUCAAGUAUGCAUGUACCAGUUACCCUGUUAUGCAAUACAAUUCUUGAAGUUUCAAAACAUGAAAGGCUGCUUGUACAUUACGCGCCAUUACCAAUCCUGCUGCUAGAUCUACAAUUCGGCGAUACAAAGUAGCUGCACACAGUGCUCAGUGCAUUGUCUACUUGUGUACAGAAUUCUCCACGGUCUAAGUAACUUUGAA